UGGCGGGCGUUGGACUGCGCUUGUAUAAAAAGAAAACAAAGAUUCCAGUCCUGCACGCCUUUUCCAUUUCUAUCAACUUGUACUGGAACUUCCAUGCUUUCCCCGCACUGCCAUCAUAAUUCAUAAUCUCCUACAAGGAAAACCCAUCAUCUUCUGCUUCUUCAUUUUGCUCCAAUCUUCUCUGAUCAGUAUAGGAACAAUGCCUGAGAAAAUAACUCCCGAGGAUCUUUUGAACAACAUUGUGGAAACAUUUGCUGAAAGUAGUUCAAAACAGAAAUCUGUGCCACUUUUUGGGGAAGAGACAUCAAACUCAGUCACUUCACAGUUGAACCGGCUAUUUGGACGCCAGAAGCCUGUCCACCACCUUUUGGGUGGAGGCAAAUCUGCUGAUGUCUUGCUGUGGAGGAACAAAAAGAUAUCAGCUAGUUUUUUAACUGGUGCAACUGCUGUCUGGGUGCUCUUUGAAUGGCUCAAUUAUCAUUUCUUGACUCUUGUGGGCUUUGCUUUGGUUCUUCUUAUGCUUGCUCAGUUCCUUUGGUCAAAUUUUUCUGGCAUAAUUAGCAGGUCCCCAUCUGAAGUACCUCGCCUUGUUGUGCCUGAUAAAUUAUUUGUCAAUAUUGCCAUCUCGAUUGGUCAUGAAAUUAAUCGAGCCUUGGAAUUUAUUCAAGAUGUUGCACUUGGAGGAAAUUUGAAGCAAUUUAUUAUGGUUGUAGCAAGCUUGUGGGUUGCUGCAGUGAUAGGAAGCUGGUGUAAUUUUCUUACCGUUUUGUACAUUGGUUUUGUUGCUGCUCACACAUUGCCAGUUCUGUACGAGAGAUACGAAGAUCAGGUCGACAACUUUGCAUACCAGGUCCUCGGGCAGCUUCAACAUAAUUAUCGGAAGCUCGAUACCGGUGUCCUCAGCAGGAUCCCAAAAGGAAAGGUCAAUUGGAAGAAGCAUGAUUAGAUACGUUUAGCAACAUAAAUAAUGUUUAGCCAUCUCUGCAGUUGAUUGGAAAAUAGCAUGUUCCAGCAGAGGGAAAACAAGGGGUGCAAAAACAAUUAAGUAUUACUGUUUAUAGGGUCAGAAACUGGACAGUUGUGAUUAUUCCAUGUUAGUAAAACCGUUAAGUUAUUGUGAAGGUUCAAAUU